AUGACCUUGCUGGCUGCAUUCUCCAGCUUUCACGAUGUUGAACUGAAUGGGGCGCUGAACAUGUUUGAAUUCACCAAACGGUACGAUCCAUCCAAUCCCGUCAUACCCAUGAGUGGCGAGCUGCGUGCUGACCUAUUCCAGGACUUGUUGGAGUGGGAGGCCAAGGCUGACACAGUGCUUGCCCUUGGUACCUCCCUGGCUGGCAUGAAUGCAGACCGUCUGGCCACUGCAGCUGCAGAGCGGCAUCAAAAAAGUAUCGCUGCCAAAGCAUCGGAAAGUGCUGGUGGCGGACUGGUGAUUUGCAGCCUCCAGCGUACUCAGUACGACCACUUGGUAUCCAUCCGCUUCUGGGCAAAGCUGGACAUCCUGGCGAAGCUUAUCUUGGAAGAGCUGAGCGAUUUGGGUCCUCACAGUGUGCCGUCCGCGGGGCCCACCCGAGCAUAUUACCCUGUGGAAAGCUUUGUGAGCAACCGCAGUCUGCUCGAGGAGCGAACUGUAGCCAAGGAGAAUGACAUCUAUUUGGUUCCUUACAGCCCAUUUACUGGAGUUCGGCUGGAGAAUCAUGAGUCACUUCUCCCGAGCCAAUUGACUCGCCUAGAUUUGUCUGAAGAUGCUGAGGUGAAGCUGAUGCAAGGCCUUUAUGCAGGCGACACCGGCGAGGUGGUUGGGAAACAGCUUGAAGGCCACUGGAAGAUACGAUUCCAGCAUCCCUUGAAGCCAGGAGCAAAUCUGAAGCGACCUUUCGAGCGCAUACUGGGCACUUGGUGGGUGGCUUCAGCCAUCAUGGGAGAGGUGAUUCAGAUACCCGUGGUCAACGUUGCAUGA